AUGGAUUCUCAACUACUUAACGUGUUAGCCCUUAUCGUGUCCUUUCUCCUCUUCAUAGUUUUGGCACUCAAAAUAACGAGCAAUCUCAUCAAAACUGAGCCAUCUCCAAACAUACCUCCAGGACCAUGGAAGCUACCUAUCAUAGGAAACAUACACAAUCUUGUUACAUCAACACCACACCGAAAACUCACAGACUUGGCCAAAAUAUAUGGCCCCUUGAUGCAUCUCCAACUUGGGGAGAUCUUCACCAUCGUUGUUUCCUCAGCUGAGUAUGCUAAGGAGAUCAUGAAUACCAAAUAUCUCAUCUUUGCAUCAAGGCCUCACAUCCUAGCUGCAGAUAUACUGUUUUAUGGAUCCACCGAUAUUGUUUUUUGUCCUUACGGAAAUUAUUGGAGACAGCUACGAAAAAUAUGCACAAUGGAACUUUUAACCCAAAACCGUGUCAACUCAUUCCAGCCAAUAAGAGAAGAAGAACUCACUAGCCUUGUCAAAAUCAUUGAUUCACACAAAGGGUCUUCCUUCAACCUCACUAAAGCAAGCUGCGUUUGGCAUGAAAAGCAAAAACCAAGAUUCAUUUCUGUGCUAAAAGAAAUGCCACUUGGUGCAGGUUUUAGCGUAGGAGAUCUAUUUCCUUCUGCUAAAUGGCUUCAACUUGUCACUGGUUUGAGGCCUCAGCUUGAGAAGGUGCAUCGACAAAUGGAUCGGACAUUGGAAGAUAUCAUCAAUGAACACAAAAAGCAAAAGUCAAAGGAUAAAUAUGGCCAAGGUGAAGCAGAGGAAGAUUUGGUAGAUGUUCUCCUAAAAUUCCUGGAUGGAAAUGGAAGCAACCAGGACUUUUGCUUAACUAUGAACAAUAUCAAAGCUAUAAUUCUGCAUAUACUUUCUGAAUUUGAUUCCUUCGAGGACAUGUUUGUUGGCGGAGGUGAGACAUCUUCAUCUACCAUCAUAUGGGCAAUGGCAGAGAUGAUAAGGGAGCCAAGAGUAAUGAACAAAGCACAAAUUGAGGUGAGAGACGCAUUCGAUUUGAAAGCAAGGGUUGACGAAAUUUGCAUUGAUGAACUCAAAUAUUUGAAGUCAGUUGUCAAAGAGACCCUAAGGUUACAUCCACCACUUCCUCUAUUCAUCAGAGAUUGUGAACAGACAUGUGAGAUUAAAGGGUAUCAUAUACCAGUCAAACAUAGGGUAGUUGUGAAUGCUUGGGCAAUUGGGAGAGAUUCAAGCUACUGGACUGAACCAGAGAGGUUUUACCCAGAGAGGUUCAUUGAUAACCCGAUUGAUUAUAAAGGGACAAACUUUGAGUACAUUCCAUUUGGUGCUGGAAGAAGAAUAUGCCCAGGCAGCACCCUUGGUCUGAUAAAUGUUGAGCUGAGUCUUGCAUUUUUGUUGUAUCAUUUCGAUUGGAAGCUUCCUAAUGGAAUGAAAAAAGAGGACUUGGAUAUGACUGAGCAAUUUGGACUUACUGUUUUCAAAAAAGAUGACCUAUAUUUGACACCAGUCACUGCUCGACCGAUCCUGAAUAGGGAAGCAAGCAUGCAUGGAAAGAAGGGUGCGUAG